CUGCUUGUGCACCGGGUGAGUUUAUUCCCCCAGCAUGGAGAGCCAGAGGGUCCAGUCCUCGUACAGGAAACGUUUUGGGCCUCAGGGCGGCUCGGGCGCCAGAAUCGGUAGCCUGUCUUCCAACCGCCUCUCCUGGCAUGGCACCCCGCGGUCCAUCACCCUCUCCAGCCCCAUUUCCAGGCUCUCCCUGGGCUCUGCCAGCACGGCCCUGCUGCUGGGGAGCCCCGGCGACCGGCUGGACUUCUCCGCCGACUCCCUGAUGAAGGCCCACUACAAAGAAAUACGCACCAAUGAGAAGAUGGAGAUGAUGGGCCUGAACGACCGCUUUGCCAGCUACAUAGAGAAGGUGCGCUUGCUGGAGCAGCAGAACAAGAUGUUGGUGGCGGAGCUGAACCAGCUGAAGGUGAAGGAGCCCAGCCGCCUGGGAGACAUCUACCAGGAUGAGCUCAGGGAGCUUCGGCGGCAGGUGGAUGGGCUCACCAACGGGAAGGCCCGAUUGGAGGUCGAGAGGGACAACCUGGCUGCCGAUCUGGCCAUGUUGAAGCAAAGACUUCAAGAUGAGAUGACUCUGCAUCAGGAAGCAGAAAACAGUUUGAACACUUUCAGACAGGAUGUGGACGAAGCGGCUCUCAGUCGAGUCCAGCUGGAGAGGAAGAUUGAAGCUCUGCAGGACGAGAUCAACUUCCUGAAGAAAAUCCACGAGGAGGAGCUGCGUGAGCUGCAGGACCAGCUUGUGGCCCAGCAGGUCCAUGUCGAUCUGGACGUGUCCAAACCGGAUUUGACUGCGGCUCUGAGGGACAUCAGAGUUCAGUAUGAGAACAUGGCCACGUCCAACAUGCAUGAAACCGAGGAGUGGUACCGAUCCAAGUUUGCUGACCUGACAGACGCAGCCAAUCGAAAUGCGGAGGCCCUGCGCCAAGCGAAGCAGGACGCCAACGAAUAUCGGCGUCAGGUUCAGGCUCUGACCUGCGACUUGGACGCUCUCAGAGGCACCAACGAGUCUCUGGAGCGCCAGCUGCGGGAGCUGGAGGACCGCAGCGCCAUGGAGGCUGCCGGGUACCAGGACACGGUGAGCCGCCUGGAGGAGGAGAUCCAGGCCCUGAAGGAGGAGAUGGCCCGGCAUCUGCAGGAGUACCAGGACCUCCUCAAUGUCAAACUGGCUCUGGACAUCGAGAUCGCCACCUACAGGAAACUGCUGGAAGGAGAGGAGAGCAGGAUCACCAUUCCAGUUCAGAGCUUUUCCAACCUGCAGUUUAGAGAAACUAAUUUGGACACUAAAACUCCAGAGGCUCAUGUGAAGCGAAGCAUCCUGGUCCGAACUGUGGAGACCAGAGACGGGGAGAUCAUUAAGGAGUCAACCACUGAACACAAAGACCUUCCUUGAAUUGCAAAGAAUUUCUCCGUUAUGUCCUUGAACACAUUAAGAUCUUUCUGAAUGAAAUAUUCCUUUAUUUUCAGUUUAAACCUCAAAGGUGCCUCCAUUAUGAAGUGCUUUCUAAUCAGUUUAGCACGCUUACAAUUACUUUCAGACUAAAAUUUCCAUUUUUAAGUCGAUGCAGUCAUGUAACCGAUUCUACUAAGAUGUAAAACUGUAUUGUGGCUGAAAAAUUAGAUUUUAUUUGCAUUGAUUCCAGUAAUCUGUCAUAGAAGAGGCCUUGAAAUGUAGAUUGUGUUGAUCCAAUUUGUAGCGUUGUGGAGGUUGACGUGUGGCUACGUGUAUGUGAAACGUGGUGGGCAGGAGGGAGCUCUUGGUUUGUAAACACUGAAACUGGAUUUUAGGUGAGAAACGGGAGAUGAGUUUAUGUCACAGCAUCUUUCGACAGAACGACAGCUGAAUCCCAGCGGUUUGCUUUUACAUUUGCCUGGUGCUAUUUUUUUAUUUCCUUCAGGAGUUUCAUCCACGUCUCUUGUUUAAAGUCCUGAAUAUCUGCAUGUUGUUCUGUUAGACAUCUAACAAGCUGAGGUUUAAUCAGAUUAAUUUGAGUUUUACUCUCUAAUAAUUUGUAGCCCAGGCAAAGUUAUGCAUCUUGGAUUGAUAAUUGAGUUUCUUCACUUUUUUCUAAUUAAGUUUGCAAUGUCUCAAGCAGGGUGACUCCUAACAGUAUUUCUCUGUGAAUAAAAAGAUCAGUGCCUUUUAAUUAGUCAAAAGAGUUAGAAAUAAUAAGUCAAGCGUCCUUGUACAGAAGAAGAUUAGUGCCACUGGGAAGGGGAGCAAAACAAUUCUGACUUUUCCCCUCCUCAGAAUUAGAUUUGUUUAAAUUGUUUUUGCAACAUCAGGAAAAUUUAGUCUUUAAAUUUCUUAGAAAUCUACCAAGUAAUUUUGGUACAGGUUUUCAGUGCAUAUAAAGUGCAGGUUUACAAAUUCUAUAACAAGGAAGAAAUGGAUAAGAGAUUAUUUUCAUACACUAACAUCAUAAUUAACGUACAGCUAAAAAUGUUUGGGUUUUUUAUUUGGAUUUUGACAUGAUUGACGGAAUUAAAAUUCUGAGAUUAAAGUCAGAAUUCUGAGAAAACAAUUCUGGGGAAAGAAAUUUCAAAAUUGUGAUAUUAGUAUCAGAAUUCUGAAUUUAAAAAGUGAGAAUUUUGAAAUAAAAGUUGGAAUCUUGAAAUUAAAAUUAAAAUUUUGAGGGGAAAAAAGUUAGAACAAGUCAGAAUUCUAAUAAAAGGUCAGAAUUGGGAGGAAAAAAAAUCUGAGGAAAAUAAAUCUGAGAAUUCUGAUUUUAAAAAAGUAGGAAUUUUGAGAUAAAAAGUAGGAAUUCUGAAAUUAAAGUCAGAAAUGUGAGGGGGAAAAAAUAAGAAUUUGAAUUCUGAGGAAAAAAUUCAGAGGAACAAAAAUUCCAGAAAUCUGAGAUUAACAUCAGAGUUCAGAGAAUUUAUCUCAGAUAAAUUCUUACUUAUCUGACAUGAGUAAAAAUUUUGAGAGAAAAAAUUAUUUCGAAAAAAAUAUUUUGAAAGUCAAAAUUCCGAAAUAAGUUUGAAUUCUGAGGUGAAAAAAAAUCUGAGAAACUCUGGAUUCUGAGAAAAACGUCGGAAUUGUGAGUUUAUAGUCAGAACUCUGGGAAAAAAAAUUUUUAUUUGGUGGCUGUAAUCCUGAUUUUAAAACUGCAGGUUUUGUGAGGACGAAGCGUCCGGACCAGGCUCUCAUCUUGCAGACGAGUUGAAGACAGGCAGGUCUCUGUUAAAGGCGUGGAAGCUAACGCGACCUUUGCCCUACAUACCGGGGUUCCUGCUCAGAAAGCGGCAGCCAGUUUUUGUAGAGUUGGGCCAGACAGCGGAUGAUGAGUAGAGCAGCAGAGCUCGCUCUCUGAUUUAUUAAUUGUUUUAGUUCUGGAGGAGAGGAUGUUGGCGUUAGGAAGAUGGAGACACGUCAGUCCUGGCUUUGGACCGAAACACGCUGACAGGCGCUAUCGAGAUUGGAGCGCCGCCUCUGUCCCUCACCAAGGUCACCGUGUGAUUCAUGCCUCCUACUUUGUCUCCUUUCCUUUCUAACACACUUUGAUGUAUUUUCUACCCUUGUUUAGCUUUUUUUUUGAUGUUUCUAUUAUUUUUUUGCUUAGGAAAUGUUUGCAGAUUUAGCUCUGACCAAUGCUAACAAUAAAAUACUUUCUUUCCUGGA